AUGGCUUCCAGGAAGAAGGUCUUACUGAAGGUUAUCAUCUUGGGUGACAGCGGUGUCGGCAAGACGAGUCUAAUGAACCAAUAUGUCAACAAGAAGUUCAGCGCCAGCUACAAGGCCACAAUCGGAGCCGAUUUCCUGACGCGGGAAGUGCUAGUGGACGAUCGCCAGGUGACCAUGCAGCUUUGGGACACAGCGGGACAAGAACGAUUCCAGUCGCUAGGUGUGGCUUUCUACCGUGGCGCCGACUGCUGCGUCCUAGUGUUUGACGUCAACAAUUCCAAGAGCUUUGAUGCGCUGGACAGCUGGAGGGACGAGUUUCUGAUCCAAGCCUCGCCACGAGACCCGGAUAAUUUCCCGUUUGUGGUGCUUGGGAACAAGAUCGAUGUCGAGGAGAGCAAGAGAGUGAUCUCGACCAAGCGGGCCAUGACCUUUUGCCAGUCAAAAGGGGGCAUCCCGUACUUCGAGACAAGCGCAAAGGAGGCGAUCAACGUUGAGCAGGCUUUUGAAGUCAUUGCGAGAAACGCACUGCUUCAGGAGGAAUCUGAAGAGUUCAGCGGCGACUUUCAGGAUCCCAUCAACAUCCAUAUCGAGAACGAGAGGGACGGAUGCGCAUGCUGA